AUGGCACACAAAACCUCGUCCCCUGUUGCAGACCGUUUUCCAGUAUUGGGCCCACGUAGUCUUACUGGCCGCCAGUUUAUCUGCCGGCAGCAUAUUGCACACAUCAUCCCGCAAAUGGCUCAGCCCUACCCGACGCAUGGCUGA